AUGCGGCGCGUUGGUCUCUUCACUGCGUCUGUGCUGCUGCGCGCCGGCGACAAGCGUGGGCCGCCCGAUUCCCCGCUCGACGAGGCGCGGGCGCAGCAGCUCGAGUCGGAGGCAGCGCAGCGCGGGUUCAUGCGCCGCGACAGCGCCGAUGCGAAGGUGUACAUGGAGACGCACCUCGUGCGGCCGGAGCGUAUCGGUGGUGGCGUGCCGGUGGCGAACCUCCCACCGGUGGAGCGCGAGAAGACGGAGUUCGACGUGUACCAGCGCUCCACGCGCGACUUCACGUCGCAGGUAACGCCGUACGGCACGACUGGCGUCGGCCUCGGCGCGGGCUUCGGUGCGAGGGAUGACGCGCGGCUCGGAUUCCUGCGGCCGCGCAAGCUGCAGCCAUUUGGUGGUGAGAGCAGCAUCGUACCCAAGUACGACGAGAGUGGCAUGCCCAUUGACGAGUCGCUGACGAAGGAGCAGCUGAUAAAGAAGCGAAUGGCAUACAUGAAGAGCUUUGAGGGCACCACGAUGAGCCACCGCGAACACUUCCUCCUCGUCGACCUUGACUUCGAGAAGGAUGCUAUGAUAUUCGGAAACACGCGCGAGGAGUUCGAACGGAACGUGACAAAACUGAAGGAGGUCAUCAGCACCUACACGAAGUGGGAGCGCACCGACAACUUCUACUACUACGGCACAAUUGCGCUCAAGGCGCUCACGGUGUGGGUGCUGAUGGAGUGCCUGCAGCAGUAUUACGAACUGGGGCUGCUCGCCGGCCACUACGAUGACUUUGUUGAGGCGAUGGAGGAAACACUGGGUAACCUCGAGAAGAAUCUGCAGCGCGAUCUGCAGCGGGCACGCGAUGAGUUGCAGUCGCACCGACCGGAUUUCAGCCCCGUUGUGGAAGCCAUACGGCGCGAGAAGCGACGCCUGCUCGACGCUGAGGCGACGCGUUUAGCAGGGCAACAAGUGAUGAGAGAGAACGCCAGAAGCAGUGGAAGCAGUGGUGGCAUUGACGGCAAAAUCAUUGGUAGUAGUAGCAGUGACAGCCACAACAGAAGUGCAGGCAGCGUGGAGGAUCUGGCCACUCAGAUCGGAGGGACCCUGCGGGUCCAUGACGCAGGGAAGCAAGAGCAGCACACAUCACCAGCGGCAACACAAACAACAUCAACGUCAUCAGAAACUGGGGUGCUGACUGUGCAACAACCGUCUCACCACCCGAUGGACACGACACGUGAGCAGGAGUAUUUGGCCUCGUUACGGCAGCGUGAGGCGCAGCGUGAAAUGCGGCGGCUGCAGGAGUCGGUGGCGAGCAGUCGGGCGCCGUACAGUGCUCUCGGUGCCAUCUGGUCCAAGCUGCGGUUUGGCAGCGGCGGGGGCGGCAGCGGUGAUGCUGCUGCAGAGACGCCGUUGCAGCAGGAGGACUUUGCCCGUCUUUCGUAUGCUGCAAGCCCAACCAGCAUCGAUACGCUGCGUGCGAUACGCCGCAUAUUGCUGCCGCGCAGCGAGGACUACAUCCAGGUGGUUCGUGAGGAAUUGCUGGAGUACAAGCAGCAGAAGGAGACCAAACUUACCCACCCGGAAUGA